CUCUAGAUUGUUUAUUUUUGCAGGUUUUUGAUGUUGUUUGAAAUGAAAAACAAAAUCAACAAAAAGUUUGAUUAUCAUCUGAUUUUAAUUUUAUUGAUAUUAUGUGUAAGCAACAAAUUGGAUUUUAUACAAGUGACACCUUCGUGAGUAAAAGGGUUGAUCCCAUUUUUAUCAAUAAUCUAUUACCUCACCAUUUUUGAUGACAAUGAGUGUUCAUCCGUUGGAUAGUGUAAAAAGUGAACCUAUUUAUUGUAAUUUAAUUGACAAUGAUGAUUUUGGUUUGGAUACUCGAUUAGAAAGGUUGAGAGUAUCUGCCUCUGUGAAUAAAAAUCAAGUUGCCAAUGAGGAUUUAAUUCAAAAUCAACUGCCAUUACCUAAUGGACAACAACAAACAACACAAAAAUACCAGCAGUCAACACCUCAUCAUCCUCACCAGCAACAUCAACUAACUCAACAACAACCACAACCACAGCAUCAAAAUUCAACAAUUCAUCCUUACCUUCAGUAUCUUUUAUCUGCAUCUUCAACCCCUACCCCUCAUCUUAAUCACCUUCAGUCAAUUGAAGAUAUCGAUUGUUACAUCAAUUCUCCAGCUGAAGAUUUUGACAUUGGAGAUUCAACAUUGAAUAGCCGUCAACUUGAUGCAACUUUAAGCUCAGACAACUCACGUUUUCAAUCUUAUAAAUAUUUAACUCAAACUUGGCCCGAAGGUUCAACUUCGAAGAUGCUUGAUUCUCCACUGGGACGAAAAGUCUACCAUGUUGCUGCCGAGCAAACAAAAACUUUAUCACCGCCAAAGGAUAAGUGUGUGAAAAACUAUGGAAGAGUUAAAUCUUGGGGCAAUUCUUUCGAUAAUCUCUUAAACGACGCUAUUGGAGUUAAAAUAUAUUCAAGGUUCCUAAGCAGAGAAUUCAGUGAUGAAAAUAUCCUGUUUUGGCUGGCAUGCGAAAAAUACAAGAAAAUGAUAAAGAAAACUGAGGCUCGGAAAGAAGCUAAAGCAAUUUAUGACCAGUUUUUGACUAUCAAUGGAUCCCACACGGUAAAUGUCGAUGCUGAUGCCAGGAAUUCUGUUGCGAAAAAUUUGAAAAAACCAACUAAAGAGCUUUUUGACAGUCCUCAAACUCAGGUAUACAACUUGAUGAAAAAUGACAGUUAUAAACGUUUUUUGACCAGUGAACUUUACGAAAUGUGCCUUGAAAGUGAAAAAACUGGAAAACCUUUGCCUGUUUGUUCAAAAGAUGAUUGUGAUAAGAAAAAAGUGCCUUCAUCAUCUAAAAGACGACUCUCAUUGGGAAGCUGGGUUCUCAAAAAGACAUUUAGGAAAUGAACUUUUUUAGAAUACUAUUUCAUUACAAUAAUUUUUGCAUUCAACUUUUUUACGCAUUUUUUGAAAUAUUUUUUUAACCUGAUUUGAUUAUUUUAUGUAUACAAUUUAAUCAUUACAAUCGAUCAUGAUUCUGUCAACAAUAACAGUGUAAUCACAAUGUUACUUGUAUAUAAAUGCAUUGUGAUAUUCAAA